AAUGUAUAUUUAUGUAAAUAAAAAGCUUAAAAAUAAUAUAAAAAUGCAACAAUUUUUAUUUGUAAUUUUAAUAAAUAUUUUAUUUAUUAUUACUGUUCAAUCUGCUUCUAGUAGACUUGAAGGCAUCAACGUGGAUUAUUAUGCCCCCAAAAAUACAGAAGGCUAUACAAUGCAUGCCAUGCGAAUAAUAAUUCGCUAUUGUACAAUGAAAAAGACUGAUCCUAAAUGUAAACCAGAGUGGAUAAUUCCAAAUGCUGCACCUGACUUGGAAGAUCCAUUAAAGGCUGAUAAUUAUACUAAUUUUCCAGAAUUUAAUAAAUAUAUUGAUAAUCCAGUGCCACAAUACAAAUUAAAAAAUUUGUUAAAUGAAAUUCCAAGACAAUUUAGAGAUAUGAUUCCACCUGGUUAUGGAAGGAAAUUAGAUCAAGCAGCUAUAGACGCUAUUAAGAAAAACUGUCCUGGCGAUACUUGUAAACAAGAUACUGAUGAGCAUAAACACAUUCGUGCAGUACUUGGAGAUUAUGAAGUAGCAAUGCUUCGACUAGCAUACCCACAUAAACCACUCGCAGAGAUUGACGAAAUUGUGGAGACAAGAUUGCAGAGAACUUAUGCAGUGAAAAGAUUUUUGUAUGGAAGAGCAUGUAUUAAUGAAUUUGUAAAUUUUAAUUUUUUCAGAAAUUUUAUUCAAAAGAGUAAUCGAACAUCCUAA